UGUUAGUAACAGAAAUUGUCCCCAAUCCAACAUGACUGUCGAAUAUGUGGACCAUUGUCCAGGAACAAAAGAGGAGUGGAUGCAUGCUGCCGUGAGAAAGAAUUGUUCAAAUAUCAAGCAAGACUGUGUUAAGUCAGAACAAUUUCAAUACCACUGUGUCAUCAAUUCGUUCAUAAAUGCGACUAUGGAAGUUUGUGCCCCUACUUGGUUUUGUAUAGGGUUUUGUGCAGAAUAUAACCUGCAAGGAGAACGAAUCCAGGACAACAUUGAUGCACCGUGUACAACAUUCUCCAAUCCUUGCCCGCAAAGAUAUCUAUCUUCUGAAGCAUACCUAUACAAAGAAUGUUAUGACCUUGUGGAUGACAACUCAAUUCCAGAAAAGAAAGAAGAAAAUGAAAGAAAGUGA